CCGCUUUCUAUCUGCACUUCGCCGCCCCAAGAGUAUACUAUUACCCCCUCAUCUAAGCUCUCUCCUAACCCACCAAAGACCACUGUUGGCGAUGGACGACGACGACGAAUUCGGCGAUCUCUACACCGAUGUCCUCCGCUUCCCCACCCCCUCCUCGGCCCCCGCCCCUCCUUCCCCUCCGCCACAGCCACGCUCCUUCCCCUCCGCCGCCUCCGCCUCCAAACCUCUUCCCGAACCCCUCCUAUCCGGCGACGGCGACGAUGACGACCUGAUCUCCCACGGCGCCUCCCGCCCCAAACCCCCCGCCCCGCCCCCCUCCGUCCCUUCUCAAACCCUAGCCCCCGCCCCCGACGAGGACGGCGAUGACGAUUGGCUCCUUGGCCACGCGCCCCCCGCCGUAGAGCCUCCGGCGAAUUGGGACGACGAGGAAGACGAGGUGGCGCCGGAGGCCCCCUCCCGGGACGUCCCCGAGGCGGGCGAGCGUAGGGUUUUGGAGGAGGAUUACGGUGAUGAGGCUAGGGUUUCUGAAUUCCCCAAGAAGGAUGCCGAGGUCGCCGAGGAGGCGGGGGACGGCGAUCCGUUCCUCGGAGGUGGGGCUAGAGAGAGUAUGGGGAUCGGCGAUCUGGAUCAGGCCCCGGUCAUUCCCGGACUCUCGGCUGGUCCGGCCCCUCCGGGACCUUUUCUUGAUAUGGAUGGCGGCGACGUGAAGGCAUCGAGGAGCGAAGAUUGGGACACUGAUAGCGAGGAUGAUCUGCAGAUCGUCCUGAAUGACAACCACGUGCCGCUUGGUGGCGAGAGGAAUGAUCGAGGGGGAGACGAGGAUGAUGAUGAUGAAGAUGGGGAGGAGGAUUUGGUCAUUGUCACUGAUGAAGACCAACAUCAUCACAUCCCGGCCAUGGAGGAGCAAGACUGGGGCGAGGAGGCUAUCCAACCUGCCGGGGAUGGAGAAAGGAAGGAGAUGGCGGACGUGGCAAAGGGUAACGGUCCUGCUGGGACCGCUCCUGCCGCGAGGAUUGGAUAUAGCAGUCAUGGGUUUUCCAUGCAGCAUCAUUCCACCUACAAGUAUAUAAGACCUGGUGCUGUACCUGUGUCUGGGGGACCAUCUGGUGGUGCUGUAGGUCCUCCUGGUCAGGUUCGUCCUCCUCUUCCCCUGGGCCUCGCUGCUGGUCGAGGGAGAGGGGAUUGGAGACCUGCUGGUGGCAGAGGCAUUCCAAAUGCCCCAAAAAGUUUCCAUUCUUUUGGAGGACCUGCUUGGUCCAAUGGGUCAUCAGUCCGUGCUUUUGGCAGUGGAUUAGAUUUCACGCUUCCUGCACACAAGACAAUUUUUGAUGUUGACAUUGAAAGCUUCGAGGAAAAACCAUGGAGACAUCCUGGAGUUGAUAUUUCAGAUUUCUUCAAUUUUGGACUUGAUGAGGACAAGUGGAAGGAUUACUGCAAGCAGCUGGAUCAACUUCGUUUGGAGGCUACCAUGCAAAGCAAAAUCCGUGUUUAUGAGAGUGGGCGAUCAGAGCAGGAGUAUGAUCCAGAUUUACCUCCUGAACUUGCUGCUGCAGCAGGCCAUCAUGAUAUAUCUGCUGAUAAUGGUUAUCAUGGAAGAGCAGACAAUAGACAAACUGAUUUUAAUAGCCAAGGAAGUGGAGCUGCAAAUAUACGGGUACCAAUACCAACUGGGAGAGCGAUACAGGUUGAAAGCGGUUAUGGUGAACGCCAACCUUCUAUUGACACGAGGCAACCACGACUUCGUGAUUCUGAUGCAAUUAUUGAGAUUGUAUUGCAGGACUCGAUGGAUGAUCCAGCAAUGAACGAUGGUGCCGUAGAGAAGCCUGAGAAGGAUCUCCAGGGAGAACAUUAUAAAGGUGGCCAUGAAUUUGAAGAUGAAAGACAUGUUACCUCAGAACAUGACAACCGCAAUCCCCAUAGUUUAAGUGGUAGGAAGAGGGAAAUGGCUGGAAGAGGCCCCUUUGCACCUGACGAGGAUGGUAUCUUACCCAUUCCCUCGGAGGCGCAUGGUCGUCAUCAUUCCAAUUCGAAAUCAAGGAGCCCUGUAUAUUCUAGUGGAUCGUUUGGGGGGAAUCGUGAUGCAAGGUUGGCUCGAGGGACCUCACAAGGAAGGCACUCCAGUGCAAGUGGUGAACCCUCAAAUGAUGUAGUUCCUAGCCAAAGUGCCCAUUCAAAGAGGCAUGAUGAUCACCAGAAAGAAAAACUGCUUGACAGUACCGAAGUUAACCAGACUUCUGAAGUAUCACCUGCAGUUGCAGGUGAAACUGCAGGGGAGCUGAGCAUUGAACAAAAGUAUGAACAUGAUGAGAAGCUUGCACUGGCUGAUAGCAUUGACGUAGAAGGUGAAGAAAUCACUUCAGAUUUUCACAUUUCAAGUGAGACUGUUUGUGAUGAUAACUUAAUUUAUCCUCACAAGAAACAAAAGCUAAGUUCACAAGUAGAGCAACCUGCAGUCAAUGAUACUGGUGAUGAAGAUGAAUUAAGGACCUCACAUAGUGACAACAGUAGAGCAAAAACUGGGAGCAGUAAAGAUUAUCAGAAACGGCAUGAAAAUGGUGAAGAAGUCAUGCAAGAUGGACGAUCAAGGAGGAUGGGCAAUAUAAGCAAGCGCCGUGAAGGAGAGGAAUAUAUUCUUCGGCGGAAGGAUGAUUACGGUCGUGAUGCUAGACAAGAGACGGACAGAAACCGGAUAGCUUCCAAAGGAAGGGAAAAUAUGUAUCACUCUUAUGGACAUAGGGACUGGGAUCCCACUUCUGCACACCCAGUUCGAGAUAGAAGUUUUGAGAGGCCAAAGGAGUCAAGUUCUUCUGUUGGUGUUAGGCAAAGGAGACAAGACAGCAUCCAGAGCAGAAGGGUUAAAGAUGAAGACAUAAAGAGGGAGCGUAGUGAGGAAACAGAAUCAAGGCACAGGAGUAAGGUUAGGGCAAGUGACAGGAAUGACAGAGAUGAAGAUCUUCAUUUGAAACAAAGGAUGGAUGAUGGUGAUUGGAGAGGCCGCAAUAGAGAUGGGACCUCGAGACAGAGGGAGAGGGAUGAUAUUUUGAUGAGUCGCCGUGAAAAUUUAGAUGAUUCUUACAUCAGAAGAAAGAAGGAUGAAGAAGUUUCAAGGAGGGGAAAAGCUGAUAAGGAAGAUGCCUUGCAUGGUUACAGGGGUAGGGAAGAUUCCAGCCGAAGAAAAAGAGAGAGGGAUGAUGACAUAGAUUACAGGAGAAGAGAGGAUGGUCCUCGAUUGAGGGACAAGGCUCAGGAUCAUUAUUCUUCCAAACACAAGGAUGAUAGUUUGCGUCAUCGGGAGAGAGAGGACAGGCAGCAGGUUAAGCAACUUCAUGAAAAUGCACCAACACAUCGGGAAAGAGACGAAGGGCGGCGAGUGGUAAGAAGUGGCCGAGCUAUACAAGAUAAGGGCUUGUGUAGGAAUGGUAGAAAUAAGGAUGAAUUGAAAACUCUUGGUUCUGAUAAGGAUUAUCAGGACAAAGAUAGAAAGCGGUAUAACGAGCAGUCAAAGAGAGGAGACCGUGCUGGGGAGGAGAAUGUUUCACAUCACAAAGGACAUGGUGAUGUCCAUGCAUGUGAAAAACAACACAAUAAAGAUGAGAGGAACUCAAGGCAUGAAAGGCUAAGCACUCAUAACGAGCGUCCUUCAAGUGCUUCUGAUAGCCAGCAGAUGUACAGAGACAGACACAGGGAAAAUACAAGAAAAGGUAAAGAUGGUGAAGCUAACGAGCAAAAUAAUCAGUCGCUUGGCAGGAGAAAGCAUGAAGAUCACAAUAUCCACCAAAAUGACAAGGUUAGCUUGAAAGGCACAAAUGAGCAGGAAAGCAGUAACUUUUCUUCUGCAACACUCUCCAAAAAGGAUCAUCACCAAAUUCAUGAACAGUUAAAGGUUCACCAACUGCAUGAUUCUUUAACAAAACAAGGCGAAGAAGAUCUUGCCUCAGAUGAUGAGAACCAGCAGGGUUCUAGACGGGGACGGUCCAAAUUGGAGCGUUGGACUAGUCACAAAGAGAGAGAUUAUAGUGCUACUCAGAAUGUGCAGACGCUUUCUUCCGUGAGUGUGAAGGAAGAUGAAGUCAUGAAUGCUGAUGUGAUACAGGUGGAUGAAUUAACAAAAACUGAAGGUAAUACUAAUGCUGGUGAGUUAGAGCCCACGAGUGGUGAUGUAGGACAAACUAUGGAUAAGAUAGCAGAGGAACGUCAUCUGGACACAAUGGCUAAGCUAAAACGGCGAAGUGAACGCUUCAGACUUCCCAUGCCAGGUGAGAAAGAGACAACACAGAGCAAAAAAGUGGAGAAUGAAGUGCGGUUAACCCAGAAUGAAGCUGUUGCUGAUACAGAGGUCAAGCCAGAGAGACCAGCUCGGAAACGAAGGUGGACUGGUAGUUGACUAAUUUCAGAUAUAAAGUUUUUUCGAAACGGAUAUGUAGUGAUCAAUUGACAUCCAUCAGUGUGGCCCCUUUGAGGGGCCAUUUGCCAACAAUCCUCCAUGAAGCAGGUGGGAAAGUUGGGGCCAGGAUGCAGCUUCACAAUAUUCUCUCUAGAUCCCUCUCCUUCUCCUCCAUAUGCUGUCCUUGAUUAUGUAUUAUACUUGUAUUCUGGAUAUGUAACUAUGAACAUGUUGGAUGAUGGUUGGACCAUGUAUUUUCCCUGUUUUUGUUGGGCACCCACAUCUUGUAAUGCAUGGAGGACCCUUUGGGUGCCAUGCAACUCAACAGGAUUCCAUGAUUAAACAGGUUCUGGCUCGUCAGGAAGAGAGUUUGAUGGAGGUUAGACCUAAAGAUGCAUGGAGGACCCACCUUGCCGUUUCUAUCAGUGGUGUGCUGAAGCACUCCUACUUUCUUAUUGAGGAUUUCGUCAAAUAUUUGGAAUAAGACUGGUAGCUGGGAGGUGGCUGAGUGGAGCUGCAUCAGUUCCAUCGCUCUGAAGCUGUUGAUUUU